AUGUUACAACCUCUACGGCAGAAGGUCCUAGCAUUCAGAAAAGCGGCGCCAGCAGUAGCAAGUCCCUAUUUGACCCACCGGCGAGGCGGGGUAGUGUUGCUGCAUCGCCGUCGCCACGCAACACGAAGAGGAAGUCGAAAGCGACUCCUUCGGGAACGCAACCGGCGUCAGGAGCAGUUCCCGUUGCGCCGCCGAGUCCACCACAGAGCCGGGCGUCGGUUGCACCGCCACCGUCCCGUGCCCAGCGUCAGAUCCGGAAGCGGAGCGACGCAGGUCCGUUCGCUAGUGGAACGAGAGGGCGCAGGAGCUGCUCGGUUGGUCUGGGUAUGGACGCCGGGCGGGAACAAGUACAAGCACAAGAUCAAGCGCAAGUAG